AUGCCGAGAAAAAAGUCUUCUAUGAAAGACUUUUUGUCUGGCGCCUACCGUUCCCUACGGUCUUCAGUCCGUCGCUCUCUGGCUGAGACCCCCGAAAGUUUGGAACCCACCACGCCAAAAUUGGUAAAAGUGAAAAGAGUAGAGUGCACUCCAAGACACUCGCGAUGGUUACUUGAGCCUCAAGUCGGCCUUUCAAUUCAACGCCUUUCAAAGAAGAGCCGCCGUAACCAAGCUUGUAUUUAUUGCAUGCUUGGGUUGCCUUCUGACUGCAAAGACGCAGGAUGUUCCUUGAUAGGGAAACCCGUUGGCUCGAAGAAGGAUGUUGGUGGACAGGUGGCUGAGACCGAAGGUAAUUUGGUGCAGCCUACCUCAAGCCAAGUUGAUGAUGUUAUUGAGGAAGAGAUUGCUGAGACCGAAGACAAUUUGGUGCAGCAAAUUCUGACUCAUGUUGAGCUUGUUGUUGAGGAAGAGAUUGUUGAGACCGAAGCUGAUUUGGUGCAACAAAUUCUGACUGAAGAGGAGGAAGCUGUUGAAGAAGAGAUUGUUGAGACCGAAGGUGAUUUGGUGCAGCAAAUUCUGACUCAAAUGGACGACACUGCUGAGGAAGAGACUGUUGAGACCGAAAACGAUUUGGUGCAACAAACCCUGACUCACACUGAUGUUAUUGUGGACGCUGUUGAGGAAGAGAUUGCUGAGACCGAAGACGAUUUGGUGCAGCAAACCCUGACUCAAGUUGAGGAUGUUGUUGAGAAAGACAUUGCUGAGACCGAAGGUGAUUUGGUGCAGCAAACUCUGACUCAAGUUGAGGAUGUUGUUGACGUUGUUGAGGAAGAGGUUGUUGUGCAGCAAUCUUCGACACAAACAGAGGUUGUUAAGGAAGUUGGCAAGGAAGUGGCUGAAGCUGUUGAUCAGGCUCCAUCUACUGAAACUGCCUCGCCUUCUCCUCUGCCUGUGUUCUUGGAGUCACUGGCUUCUUCUUCAGCAAGUAGCAUCUUUGAUGGUGCUAAGCAUGAUUCAGAGGAGCCUGAGGAUGCAGUACGUCUCCAGUCCCUGGAGAUACCCCAGCCUACUGCAAUCCCUUCAGCUCCAGCUCACUGGACCGAAGUUGAGAAGCGGAAGUUCAACUAUGAAGAGCAACUUGCUCAUGAGAUCAGACGUGAAUUCAAAGGAAUUCCUCAUGCAGAGCUCAAGGCUAUUAUUGAAAGAGUGGGAAAGGAAAUGGGGAUUUGUUUUUCGACUCAUCCUGCUGCCCCUGUUGCUCCUCCUGCUCCCCCAAUUGGUGCUGCUGCUCCACCACCGCCGCCGCCACCUCCUCCGCCACCAUUGCCUUCAAGCAUUCUUGGUGCUUGUGCCAGGGGACCUAAUCUUGGACCUGGUGCUCGCCCAGUAUUGUUGUUUGAUCCUGAGCAAUUGAAGAGAGCCAAAAGUGGGCUUGUGGCCAAACAGGAAAUCGCGGCUGGUCCUGCGAAGUAUGUCAUUGACCCCAAGGAAUUGAAGCAAAAGAGGAGACUUCUUGUGAGUAGGACUGAAAGGAAGGACUACAGUCCCAAAAAACCUGAAGUUCCCAAUGAGCUCAAAAACUUGAGGGCGCUGCUCAAAAAGACCAACAAUCUGGUUUAUCUGGGUAGCUUCAAGAGCUCGCUGGCAAGCUCCAACAAUGAAGCCGGGACAAGCUUCCAGUUGAGGUCGACUAGUAGGAAAAACACCAGUUCCAACUUAGAUCGACCAUCUUUAGGAAGCACCAAGGACUUCAAAGAGGAACAGAGGCCUUCAUGGGAUAACUGCCUUCGCAAGAAUCCCUACAUGAAGCCAAAGGUGAGUUCCCAGGACGAGUGUGCGAAGAGUUGGAAGACUGGGUUGAGGAAGGUUGAGGUGAAUAAGAAACCUUCCAAUACCCCCCGUCCUGUUGCUGUCAAGUUUAGAGGCGAUGUGCAUCAACUUGCAAGUUGUUACGAGGGUAUUGAAGAGUGA